AUGAAAUCAAACGAGAAAAUUGAACAAGGACGUCAAAAUUAUGGCUAUAUCACUGAUGAAAAAGAGACAGCGAAAUCAACACAUGCCGUUAUUGAAACGGGUCUAAGUUUUCAUCGUAGUAUGAAAUCGGGCAGUCAGAGAUUUCGGUGGAACCUUGUGUUUAAUCUUUUGGUUUGGCUAAUUGUACCACUUCCAUUGUGGAUACCUUUUGUCUCUAACCGUGUUGCAUAUUAUCUACUACCAUCGAUUCAAGGUGUAUUUGUUUUCAUGUGGACUAUUAUUGCUAUAUUAGCUUUGAAAAAUGCCUUGAUUUUGUAUAUGAAUCGUUCUCGUAAUUUCAAUGACGAUUAUUCUGGUUAUGAGAAAAUACCAAUUCGUCAUAUUGUCGCGAUUAGUUGUUAUAAAGAGCCCGUUGAUUUAAUUGCAAGAAGUAUUCAAACAUUGGCAGAACAAACGGAAGUACAUCGAAUAACAAUGGUCAUAUCAUUUGAAGCGCGAACACCGGAUAAAGAAAAGAAAUGUGAAUUUCUUCAGAAAAAAUUUCAAAAUUGUGCCUUCGAACAAAUUAUAUUUACGAUUCAUCCACACGGGUUGCCCAAUGAAAUACCAGGAAAAUGUUCAAAUGCAAAUUUUGGUCUACGCAAAGCUGUCAAAGAUAUGGCCAUAACUCAGAAUGAAAUGGACAAUGUUUUAGUGACAACAUGUGAUGCCGAUUCUAGAUUUCCGCCACAAUAUAUUGCCGCACUUACCAGUAAAUAUCUCAAAGAAAAUCGUCCAGCACUAACUACAAUCUAUCAGUCGCCUUUGUUUUACAACUGGAAAUUAGAUAGUUUAUCAUUUGUUACUCGCGUAACAGGUUUGCUACGCAGUUUUCUCAUGUUAGGUGCAUUGAUUCCAUUCAAUAUUAAUACGAUGAGUAUUUUCUCAUUUUCAUUGAGUCUGGCACAAAAAGGAGAUUUCAUUCAUCCUGGCUAUCAAAUGGAUGAUAUUAUUUGUCUUAUUCGAUGGAUGGGUGUAACACAACAGCGAUUGCGAAUAUCUAUGAUACCUGUGCCAGUAUUGAGUGGACCAACAUCAGGAGAAACUAUUGAAAAAGAAAUCAUAGAAUGGGCAAGACAAGCACGUCGCUGGACUAUUGGAGCAGCCGAGGUGUUCCAUUACUUCGUUGUGAAAUCACGACGUAUGCCAAUAGUAGCUGCAUGCUCUUGGGGCAUCGCUUUUCUUAUUUAUUACGGUGUCUUAUUAUGCACUGGUGGUUUGUUUGGUUUGACGACAAUGUUGUCGAUGAUUUUUCUUGUCAAACAUGUUCCACUAAUUAUUUCCUAUAUCAUGUAUGGCCUAUUUGCUUUACAAAUGUUAACAUUUUCAAUAGCAUUCGUCAUCGAUAUGUUUAUUCCCAAACUAUUGCAUGUUGACGAAUGCAUUUGUUUUCCACGAAAUUUAUUUCAUUUCAUAACAACACCAUUUGUCCUUUUGGCCUAUUCAUUGGUCGAAUUAUAUGCAUUGCAUGAAGUCGUCGUUUUCGGCAAAAAAGUAUGUAAGCAUGGUUCAUCGGUAAAAACGGAACUCUCACAAACUAAUAAUAUUGCAUAG